AGAGUAGGUUUUCCAGCAUCGACAGGGGCAAAUAUUGCCAAUUAUUUCAUCAUUUAUAAUUUGACUCUCCCAAGUUAAACUUCACUCUGUUUCGGGUAAUUCUCUACCCCAGUGUAUUUGCCCCGGUCACGUGCAUGCAGCUCAGGAAUGACUGAAAGAAAACAUUGCUCCUAGCUCGGAUUCAGAUUUCAUGACAGCGCUUUCUUAAAGGCCCAGUAUACAGCGUGCCCACAUGUUUCAGAAAUCAGACCUUGCGUAUUAAAUUUGAUUCUUAAAUUCAAAAUUCUUCAGACUGUUGCAACAACAAACAUAACAUUUGUAAACCAAAUUUGUUUACACAUCUUACUUUUUGACUUGCCAGCAUUUUGUUGGAUGUUAACUGGCCACUGGAGAAUUUUCAGGAGAAAUCACUUUUAUAUUUGACACAUUUUAAGUAUGAUGUUCUGACGUAGCCCUCCAUAAAGACUUGACCAUUGUGGUUUGAACUAAUGUGAUAUUUCAUGGUUCAUUAGUUUUGCUUUUGCUUUUGAAUGGAAAAUCUGAAAGGAUGGAAAUACACCUGUCAAACAUCCAUUAAAAUUCAACAAAGUUAAUUUUUUUCCCCUGUCAGACCAUAAUUACACCAUUUGUUUAUUCUAGUUGCCUUUGCUGUCGCUGUCAUAAAAAGCCUACUAAUCAUUACUCUUCCCACCACAUCCUAACCAAAGUUAACCAUUAGGAUAUAUGAUGUACUUAUGCAGAUACAGUUGUUCUUGUGGCAGUAGUACUGCAGCAUCGGCUUUUGGUAGACAGUCUCGUCGACAGUUUACAGUAAACAAGGGUCUUUAGAACAAAUAUACUAUAUUCAUAUUAAAAGAUCAAAAAGAUUAAACUUGUGCAGAGUUUGACAGAUUCAGCCCUAAUGGACUCUAGACGCAGAUUUGGGAAAUACAGAGUGGAGAGGGAAGUGCUGGAUGAGGAGAGACUGGAAGAGGUAACGCAGAGAAAAUCAUACACUGACGCUCGACCUUCUUUAACUGAACGACUUAAAAAUUCCUUAAGAUGUACAGUACCAAAACUGAAACGAAGUGUGGUGAGCAGCCUGCCCGUAUUAUACUGGAUGCCCAAAUACUCGGUCUGGGACUAUGGCAUGCCAGACCUCGUCUCUGGCAUCAGUGUGGGCAUAAUGCACCUGCCACAAGGUAUGGCAUAUGCAUUGUUGGCUUCUUUGCCUCCUGUAUUCGGGCUCUACACAUCCCUCUAUCCAGCAUUGAUCUACUUCUUUUUUGGAACAUCACGUCAUAUUUCUAUAGGUACAUUUGCUGUGCUCAGCAUCAUGGUGGGUAGUGUGACAGAGAGACUUGCUCCAGACAACAAUUUCCAGAAAAUGGAUUACAACAACCUCACUGUAGAGGUGGACAUAAGUGCUCGUGACUCGUACAGGGUGCAGGUAGCAGCUGCUACUACUGUCCUAGCAGGACUUAUUCAGGUGGUACUGGGUUUGGUGAAGUUUGGUUUUGUGGGAACAUAUUUGUCUGAACCUCUGGUUCGGGCUUAUACAACAGCAGCUGCAGCCCAUGCUGUGGUGGCACAACUGAAAUACAUCUUUGGGGUGUCACCAAAGCGGUUUAGUGGUCCGCUGUCACUGGUGUAUACUUUGAAAGAUGUUUGUUCCUUGCUGCCAAAGACUCAUCUUCCCACGCUGGUUGUCAGCGUUGUGUCCAUUGUGUUUCUAAUCUCAGCCAAAGAGCUCAACUCCUUCCUGAGUCCAAAACUGCCAGUACCCAUCCCAGUGGAGCUAAUCACAAUUGUAGCAGGAACACUGAUAUCAAACUUUGCCCACUUGAACAGUAACUACACUGUCCCAGUUGUUGGAGAAAUUCCUAGUGGGCUAAGUCCUCCUGGGGUACCGGAUGUGAGCAUUUUUGGAGAAGUUAUUAGUGAUGCUUUUGCACUGGCCAUUGUAGGAUAUGCCAUAUCAAUUUCACUUGGAAAAACAUUUGCACUGAAGCAUGGAUACAAGGUGGACAGUAAUCAGGAGCUGGUGGCGCUGGGUCUCAGUAAUACAGUGGGAGGCUUCUUCCAGUGCUACGCUGUCUGCUCCUCCAUGUCUCGAAGUCUCAUUCAAGAGACCACUGGAGGAAAAACACAAAUGGCAGGAAUGGCCUCGGCUGUAAUCGUGUUGGUGACAAUACUGAAACUUGGACCCUUGUUCCAGGAGCUGCCAAAGGCAGUCCUUGCAGCAAUUGUCUUUGUAAAUCUGAAGGGUAUGUUCAAGCAGUACGCUGACAUUGUUACACUGUGGAAGAGCAGCAAAAUUGAUCUGGUGGUGUGGUUGGUCACUUGGGUGUCAACCCUGCUCUUCAAUCUGGAUAUGGGUCUGGCAGCAUCUAUUAGUUUUGCUCUGCUUACCGUCAUCUUCAGAACUCAGCUGCCAACAUACUCUGUUCUGGGAAACAUUCCAGGUACAGAACUGUAUGUGGAUAUGGAGACCCACAGAGAGGCGAGAGAGAUUCCAGGUGUUACUAUAUUCCGCUCCUCUGCUACAGUAUAUUUUGCUAAUGCUGAUCUCUAUCUUGAGGCCCUGAAAGAGAAGAGUGGGCUUGACAUCAGUAAAAUGAUUAUUUAUAAGAGGAGGCAGGAGGCCAAGCAGAAACGUAGAGAGAAGAGGGCAGAGAGACGGGCGAAAAGGCAAGCCAAGAGAAAGCGGCAGGCUCAGAGGGCAGCUGAACAGCUGCCUGGAGUGCCGGGGUUCUCUGUGGAGGAUGAGGCUGGUCACUGGAGGGACACAUGCAUGGACGGGAAUGUUACAGAUAAGGAGGAGCAGGGCUGGACUGAGAGGGAGAACGGGACAGUGUUUGUCAUACCAACCACACCCCGAACACCAGACGGACACAGCAGAUGGGAAUACCUGAAAGGAGGAGAUCCGGACAACACCAGUAUAGGGUGGAUGUCUGAGCUGCAGGACGGAGACACCACCACUCUGGGCUCCAGCAGUGAGGACACCCUAAGUCACGACCUGGAGCGCCUCUCUCUCGGGUCCCUGGGCAAGUGGACCUGGGACAUUCACUCCAUCAUUCUUGACCUCUCCACGGCUAACUUCAUCGACACAGUUGCUAUCAAGACUAUGAAAAAUAUUUUCCGGGACUUCAGUGAGAUUGAUGUAGACAUCUACAUGACUGGCUGUCAGGCUUCUGUGGUCGAGCAGCUGGAGCUUGGUGACUUCUUCUCCGAGUCAAUAACAAAGAGACAUCUUUUUGCCUCCGUCCAUGAUGCUGUACUCUACUGUCUGGACCAUCGUGGAGCGUCAUCGAUCCCCAGAUACGAGCCAUCGAUAGACAUGGAGGGGAGCACAAAACUUUAGCGACUUCAGCCAAACAGGACAUCCAACCGUCAGCACAGAGGAUUCCAACAUCUAAAUUUAUAAA